AUGGCUGAGCUGAAAAUUUUGGCAGAAAAUGAACAGAAGACGACGACCCAGAAGACCCGAGCUUUUCUUUAUCAAAGGCUGUUGAUGGAAAGCAUCAAUGUUCCUGACUCUGGACCUCAACCCUCAACUCAAGAGGGACAUGGAGGACAAGCCCAAGGCACUGAGAAUCCUGCUCAGCAGCCUCAGGUUGCUUCUGCUGUUCCUGCAAAAAAGAGGAUGGUGGUUGAGUCUAGAUCUCUAGUCUGGCAUCACUUUGAAAAGAUCAAAAACUCUGAAAAUAUAGUGGUUCAAGGAAAGUGCAUUUACUGCCUGAAAGUGUUUUUCUGUGAGUCUAAGAAACAUGGCACAUCAUCUUUGAAAAAUCAUAUGAUGGCAUGCCUUAAAAAUCCUGUCUCAAAGGAUAUGAGGCAGUCCCUUCUCACAUUCAAUACUGUUUCAACUUCUGCAACAGAGGCUCCUGUGGGGGUUUUGGGGACUUGGGUCUUUAAUCAAGAAGCCAUUAGAAGGGCAUUAUGUGAGAUGAUCAUAAUAGAUGAACUCCCUUUUAGGUUUGUUGAGGGUCAGGGGUUCAAGAAGUUUAUUCUUGUAGCUUGUCCUAGGUUUCAGAUUCCUUCUAGGUGGACUAUUUCUAGGGAUAUCUACCAAAUCUUCCUAGAUGAGAGGUUGAGUCUUAAGAAGUUGUUUAGGGUGGGCACCCAAAGGUGGAGGCUUCAGAAAAAAAUCAUUUCCUUUGUCCCUGUUUCUUCUCCUAGGGGGGAGUAUAUUGCCAAAGCCUUAGAGAGUUGUCUGUUGGAGUGGGGGAUUAAAAAUGUGUUCACUGUGACAGUGGACAAUGCUUCUUCUAAUGAUACAUCUAUGGAAUUUUUUAAAAUUGUUCAAGAUGGCUUGAGGUUUGCAGAUGAGUCAGUUAAAAGGGUGAGGGAUGCAGUGAGAUGGGUUAGGAACUCACCUGCUAGGUUGAAUAAGUUCAGAGAACUUGCUGAACUCAUUGGGGAGGAAGCCAAAUCAGCUUUGCAGCUUGAUGUCCCUACAAGGUGGAACAGCACCUACCUUAUGCUCAACACUGCAAUUCAAUAUCAAAGUGUCUUUGACUCAUAUCAUCAAAAUGAUCCUUCUUUUUCUGUUGACUUGGGUUCUACACCUUCUUUCCUUGAUUGGGGGACUGUUGAAAGCUUAAUGAAGCUUUUGAAAACUUUUUAUGAAAUGACUGUGAGAAUAUCUGGUUCUCUUUAUGUCACUUCUAACACAUUCUUCUCUGAGAUCUCUGAUCUCAGUUGCAUGCUGGAAGAGAUGACUAAAGCUGAGAGAACUGAAAAGGCAAUGGGGACAAAAAUGAAAGAGAAGUUUGAUAAGUACUGGGGAGAUCCAGAAAAAAUGAACCAUAUCAUUUUCUUUGCCAAUAUUCUGGACCCUAGAGAUAAAGAGGAGUACAUGCCUCACCAGUUUAUCCAGUUGUAUGGAGAGGCCAAAGACAAAGAAUGUUUUGCCAAGGUCCAAAAUUCAAUGGUUGCAUUGUACAAUGACUAUGCAGCUACAUACUCUGACAGUUCAUCCUCUAACCAACAUGUCCAGUCUCAGCUUACUACUUGUACAGUUGGUAGGCCUGUCUCAAGGAUGAAUAGUGAACUUAAAAAAAAAAAGAGAUUGGAGAGUGGUGGUGGAAGCAGUAAGCAGACAGAGCUACAAAUAUACUUGAGUGAAAAUCUGGUUGAGGAUGAUGAAUCUGUGAGUUUUGAUGUUCUAAAGUGGUGGAAGAAUCAUAGUGAGAGAUUUCCAAUUCUCUCCAAAAUGGCUAGGGAUGUACUUGCAGUUCCUAUUUCCACAGUUGCAUCUGAGAGUGCAUUUAGUACAAGUGGGAGGGUGCUUGAUGCAUUUAGGAGUUCCUUGACUCCUAAAAUUGUGGAAGCUUUACUGUGUACCCAAGAUUGGUUGAGGUUACAUAAUCAGCCAAUCACACUUGAGGAAAAUUUAGAUGAGGUUGAAAGAUUGGAGAAAGAGUUACCCACUGGAGCUGGAACUACUCUACCAUCAAUGCUGCCAUCCAUUCCUGAAGAAGUGUAA